AUGUUCGUUUGGAUUUGUGCAAGUUUGGAUGCCCAGGAAGCUAGCACGAAUGAUGAUCUUGAACUCGAGGCCAUCAUGAUGUGUGUAGGACCUGAGACCUGGGUUGUACUGAUCCUUCACACCUCAAACACCCCCCCUUUCAGGAAUCCUUCUCUGCGGUCUGACAGGGGUUAUGAUCUGAAUGACUUUCACCUGGAGUAUGAGAAAGAGGGCACUGGCCUCCGAUACACCAUUGGGGGGUCCUUGUCUACAAUUCCUACUGGACGCGCAGUUAUUUCCCGUUCCCUCGGGUUGGAGUCGGGAAAUGGUACAACUUGCUACAAUUAUGGUUUCCUCGUGCUCCCUGACUUGGAGUACGGCCCUCAUUCAGGGCAGCACUGGCCAACGUCGUGUGAUUUAUCUCCGCUAAAACGCACAACUUCGGGAUCUUCUACGAUCGUGAAGGUUCGCACUCGCUGA